UAAAUAUUUUCUUGGUUCAAUAAACUAAAAUUAAAAGGAUGUUGAGAAAUUAGUUUGUAAUAUUAAAUAAAUUUAAUUUUUACAAUUUGUGGUAAUAACUUGUAAUGGAAUUUGCAAAAGAAAACCAAAGAAAACAAAAUCAAAUUAAAAUCCGGUAACGGAACUAAAUCGAAAAUAAUUCAAGGCCACACCGACCUAACACACUGACCCAGUUUAUUUGCAUUGUAAAAUUGUAAAAGGCAGACACUUCGUUCACCAACAGUCAGCAAUGAGUUGAGGUGUAUAGACAAAUGUUGGUAGCGGACAUACGAUGUAUUUUUAAAAUUGUGUGAAAAGUGCAUUCUUAAACUGGGGGAAAUGACGAAAGUGAAACUGGUCUUUGUUCAAUUUAUUCUAAUGUUUAUUUAUGUGACGUGUUUACCCGUUGUCCAGGAUGACUUGGAUAUUUGGGGCGAUGGUGGUACUAAAAAAUCCAUCAACAAUUCCAUCGACUACAAUUCGGCCAACUCCACUAGAUUUCCAAAAGUACUCAAUUUUUUUCCGGUUCCGGUGGAGGAAGAGUGUAAAGCAAACGAUGGUAGAAGAAAAGGAGUGUGCAUGAACACUUACGAAUGUAGAAUACAAAACGGCAAAUCCUAUGGACCGUGUGCUUUAGGUUUUGGUGUUUGUUGUGUAUUUACGGCGACAUGUGAUCAAGAAGCCUAUAACAAUCUGACUUAUUUUGUUAAUCCCGAUUUUCCCGAUCUAAGUCAUCAAAUGUCUACUUGUUCCUUGACCGUAAAGAAAAUUGAUCCGGAAAUCGCGCAGCUGAGACUUGACUUUAUCCACUUUAAUUUGGGCCAACCCAAUCGUAAAACUGGAGUGUGCGAAGAAGAUAUUUUCAUCAUGUCUGGUGGUUCAAGCAAAGAAUUGAAGUUGUGUGGAUUAAACAGUGGACAACAUGCAUAUUUCGACGUUGAUAACAUUAUGGACCCGAUCACAAUUUCCAUGAAUAUGAGUAGAAAAGCUGUUUCUAGAAUUUGGGAAGUACGAAUUACGCAAAUUCCAUUCGCUGAAAGAGCCCCAGCUGGUUGUUUGCAGUACCACACAGGCACAAAAGGUAUUUUGCAAACAAUGAAUUUCGCUGAUAAUGGUAGACAUUUAGCCGAUCAGGAUUAUAACAUUUGCAUAAGACAAGAAGAAGGAAUGUGCAGCAUUGCGUACGAACCGUGCCAUGAAGACGCCUUCAGGAUAAGUCCCAAUCAGCAAGACAGCACAUCUGAUGCGGAAGACGCGUUGGAAGGUUCAGGUGGUGGGGAUCCCCAGCAGGGAAGACAAAUGGAUACCUGUGGAGACAGGAUUGUUCUACCAUGCGAUUCGGAAGACUUAAUCAUGCCUGCCGAUAGUGGGUCAAUUCCAGGUUUCUGCGACCUGAUACACUGCGGCCCAAGUUUGUGUCCGUCAGGAGAUACGCCCUGCAGGAUUGAAAGCAGUGCGACCCCUUUUACCGUAGGAGUUCACUUCGGACCGACGGCGAGAGAGGCACCACCUGAUGACAAUCUCGGAAUGUGUUUGACUUAUGAACAAUUGCCUUGUAUGGUGUAGGAAUGGAUAGUUGUGUACUUAUUUUGCUAGUCAUAUUUUAAUUUUAAGGGUUUAUUGACAAUAUAUUUUCGUUACUAAUAAAAGUUUUUUCUU